CGUCAUGUCCUUUUCCCCCUCUUCUUCAAGGCAACGAAGAGAGAGAGAGAGAGAGAAGAGAGAGAGAGAGGAGAGAGGAAUUAGGGUUUUGGGAGAAGGGGACUCGGGGUUUUGAAUUGGGGAAAUUUUGGAUGAAAUUUCAUUGGUUACGCUGCUUUCGCCAAGGAUGAGGAGGUCGUUCAAGGAUUCGCUCAAAGCUCUGGAAGCCGAUAUCCAGCACGCUAAUACCCUGGCUUCGGAUUUCCCGCGGGAAUAUGACGGUGCUUGUCUUCAAAUGCGUAUAUCAUACAGCCCAGCUGCCCAAAUCUUUCUGUUUCUGGUCCAGUGGACAGACUGUAGCCUCGCGGGGGCUCUGGGUUUGAUGAGGAUCUUAAUGUAUAAGGUUUAUGUCGACGGAAGAACGACCAUGUCAAUCUAUGAAAGAAAAGCGAGCAUCAAGGAGUUUUAUGCUGUCAUUUUCCCCUCCCUGAUGCAACUGCACAAGGGGAUAACUGAUACGGAAGAUAAAAAACAAAAAGCAGUGUGCAUGGAAAGGUACAGAAGGAGGGACGGUGGUGAUAUGAGGCUACCAUCCGAUGUAGAUGAUGAGAGUGAAGAAGAAUGCGGGAUCUGCAUGGAAGUGAACAGCAAGGUUGUGCUACCCAACUGCAGCCAUGCCAUGUGCAUGAAAUGCUAUCGUGAAUGGCACUCAAGAUCACAGUCAUGUCCAUUCUGUCGUGAUAGCCUCAAGAGAGUAAACUCUGGCGACUUAUGGAUGUUUACAGACAACAGAGACAUUGUAGAUAUGUCAACCGUGUCGAGAGAAAACCUGAGGUGCCUCUUCAUGUAUAUAGAUAAGCUCCCUCUUAUAAUUCCCAAUUCUGUCUUUGAUGCCUACGAUUCUUAUGUCAAGUAACUUAUGGUACUGUGGUCCUUGCUGCUGCUUCUCAUAGCUUUGAUCAUUCUUUCAGUUAAAGAGUCAUAACUCUGGCUGAUUGAUCGAUUUAAGUGUGCCUACGAUUUCUGUUGCUUCUAGUUUAGCUUAAGAAUUCAGGGAAGUGUGGUCUGUAUAUUUGGGCAAGGGCUAUUGUAAAUGUUUGUAUAGUUUUUGUAGUUCCAUGUUAUGGUGCCAAAGUCUCUGUUUAACCUGAUCGAUGUAUAUUUGUAGAGUUCGUUACAUUUCUGGACUUUAUUGUGUACUGUGUAUGAUGUUUCUUUGAUGUUUUGGCAUCUCAAAUUAGAGAAACUAGCUGAUGGAUUGCGUCCA